AUGGCAGGCCAAGGUCGAGGGAGAAAAAAAUCUCAGCAGAAAAAGUCCACAAAAAGAAACAGUGCUCCUGUAGAAGAGCAACAUGUAGAAGAACUUUCAACAGAGAAUGAUAGUGAUGAUCUGUCAGCACACGAAAUUGAGUCUGAUAAUCAGGGAACCGAUAAUCAGUCUGCAUCAUCUCAGGAGUGCCAACCACUGCCACCUGAUGAGCUAUGUUUCAAGAACACCGAGUUCACCCAGACGUGUAAGAUACAGAGCAAGUGUUAUGUGACCGAGACGGUGAAGUUUCUGAAGAAGGCUAGGUUUAAGCCUGAGCUUGAGUGGUUUGAAAACCACCCUCAGUUUUGCCAUUUUUUCCACAUGCCCGAUGAACCAAACUUGAAGCUGCAGGGUAUGUGGAUGCUUCUACUGCGCACUGUUCCUUUACAUGAGUCAGAGGACACAUCUUGGUUUGCUGUUAAUGGAGUGCCCAUUCGGUAUUCAAUGAGAGAGCAUGCUCUCAUCUCGGGAUUGGACUGCCAUGACUACCCGGCUAAGUAUAAGAAGAUUGGAAGCUUUGCGUUUGUAGACAGGCAUUUCAAAUCACAUAAGGAGAUCACUAUGCUAUCUGUGAGAGAGAAGUUGUUGAGUAUGAGUGCGUGUGGGGAUCGACUCAAAAUGGCAGUGCUUUACUUCUUAGGCACGAUUAUCAGAGCGAGGGGAAGGUAUAAUGCCCCGUUCGACCCUUUCGUAUUAAGAAUCGUCAACGAUGUGGAGGUUUGUAAAACCUUUCCUUGGGGUCGGUUGACGUUUGAAGAUGCUCUCUGGUCCAUCACUCACGUGAUGAAGCAUCUGAAAGGGAAACCUAAGAAUAAUGUCAACUUUCCCGGGUUCAUAAUUCCUUUGGAGCUCUGA